ACCACUUCGUUGAGCUCUCUGUUCUGGCUACUAAUGAAAAAACCGAAGAAUACCAUUCACAAUGCAUGACUACAAAUACAAUGUCACUGUAUUCUAAAAAGGUGCAUCAGUUCAAUGUCACUGUAUUCUAAAAAGGUGUAUCAGUGAUUGGGGAGUGAGGCAGCUACAAACGAAGGUAGAAGAGGCGGCGAUAUUAUUAGUCGUAAUACAGGUAUAUAUUAAUGCGUAGCCUACUGACAACUUCUUGACUGAUAGCCUAGUUAAGCUUCUUUAGUAUCGAGUAUCAAAAGGACUAUUUCACACAGUGAGGGCAGCUAGACAUUAUUUGUGGCUAUCUGGAUUGAUAUGUUUGAAAAGUGUUGUUUACGCGGUUAUUGGCUAAUACUACAGCGGAAGUAUUAAGUCACAAUCCACCUUUGUUUAUAUCAGGCAGACGACAAACCUAACACAUACGUUCGUAAAAUAGUACAGUGCACAAUUUAGAUCACCAACAGUCAGUAUCUGAAGUGUGUGGGUAUAUACCGUCAAAAAAACACCCCCAAAAAUCUCAUCUGGGAGAAGCUUAUAAUAUAUUUUUUUUAAAAGGCCGUUUGUCGCAAAUUCCUCAUACACAUUGUUUAUGUCGAAGUGAUCAAUAAAUUAGUAUCAUAAUAAGCGAAUCCGUCUCUUAGCAACUUAUUGUGUGACAGAAUCUGGCAUAGUUUUAUGGAACUCAAGACUAUUAGAACAAGGUCGAAUAAGAUGAAGUACCGAAUAUGGAAAUAAGAAACGGAUUAUACAGGAUGCGAUCAUUGUGCUGUUAACAUUUAUGAUGAUAAAUCCACCAUGCAAUGUAACGGCUCCAAUAGUUAAAGUUAAACAAAAGCAGAUGAUGGAUUAAAAACUUAGGCAGCUGUGUGGAUUCCUUUAUACAUAUAUUAUAUUAUCUUUAGUUGAGUGCCUUGCUUAGAUUGAAUUAUGUGUCUGUCUGUGAGAAAUAUAUUCUCAUCAGAAUAUAAUCGGUAGAAAUAAAUGAAAUUACAUAUUUUACACAGCAUCUUUACCACUAGCUAUAAAGACAAACAACGCAACUAAUUGUUAGACUAUAAUUCAACUGAUGCAUUGAAGGCAUCACUGGAAAUUUGAUUAUCUGCAAAUCGAAAAUGGAUGACACUACUUUCCUUGAUAACAACCAAUAUUCCUGACAGUUUGACCUUUUUCAUUGAGGAUCUGGAAGUGAUCGCGACCAAGACUUAACUUGUCUUGUAGUAAUUGAACGGGGAGUUGAGUCGGAAAUGUGGCUAGGAAAACCAUCAAGCAGCAAGAAUUCACAAGGAUUGUCAAGAUGAGAAUUCGUGCGCGGUACGCCACAGCCGUAGUGCUGCUGUUGUGUUUGCUUAUAACAUGUAAAGUGUACAUUUUAGAUUCAUAUACCAUGAGCGACUAUGGCAAAAUUUUUGUAGGUGGCAACCCAUCGGAACUUACCAAAAGUCAAAGUGCAGACGAUAAAAAUCUGAUAGUGUCUUAUGGUAAAAAUGACUUGAGACUCGCUGGAGAAUUGGGCCGAGGUGUGAUAUUUGUUUCGGAGGAGAAGGCUAAGGCCGAUGCUGCUAUGGAGAAAUACAGAGUAAACGUAUAUGCCAGUGAUCUUAUUCCUCUGAACAGAAUGGUCCCAGAUUCCAGACCACCUGAAUGUAGUUCGGUAGUUUAUCCUGACGACCUACCAACAACUGGUGUUGUUAUUCCCUUCCAUAAUGAAUGGCCGUCCAUUUUGUUACGUACUGUGUAUAGUUUAAUCAAUAGAACGCCAAAAUAUAUCUUAAAACAAAUAAUAUUGGUAGAUGAUGCCAGUGAUUUAGAUUCACUGAAAGAAAAUUUAGAUGUAUAUAUAAAAGACCACUUCCCUGGAAAUUUAGUUAAAUUAAUACGAUUAAAAGAACGAGUUGGGUUAAUCAAAGCCCGUCUGGUGGGAUUUGAACAUGUUACAACCGAAGUCGUGUCAUUUUUUGACAGCCAUAUGGAAGUUAAUGUUCAGUGGUUGGAACCAUUAUUAGUGGAAAUAAAGAAGAACUGGAGUACGUUAGCUAUGGGGCAUCUAGAUUAUAUUAAAGCCGACACUCUACAGUAUGACUUCGAACCUGGUUAUAAAACUAGAUAUGGCUUUGAUUGGCGUUUAGUGUUUUUUGAAACAUACUUUAGAUCAGAUCAAAGAAAUGGUCGAACGCCUGUUGACCCUCUACCAGGUGUUGUAAUGGUGGGACCAGCAUUUGCAAUCAAUACAACAUAUUUUAAACACAUUGGUAAAUAUGAUGGUGGUAUGAAGAUUUGGGGAGGUGAAAAUAUAGAAUUAGCAUGGAGAGUGUGGAUGUGCGGAGGUAGACUGUUACAUUUACCUUGUUCUAAGAUAGGACAUAUAGCUCGUGUGCAGCCGUACAUCUUCCCAGAAGGACGACACCAAACAGAAAUACAUAAUUAUAAGAGAGCUGUUGAUGUAUGGAUGGGAAACUAUAGUAAAUAUGUGUAUGAUUAUUAUCCCGAUAUGAAGGAUAUUAGUGUUGGUGAUUUGAGUGAAAGGUUUAAGAUAAAAGAACGUUUAAAAUGUCGUUCGUUUGACUGGUAUUUAGAAAAUGUCUGGCCAGAAUUAUUCCCCUAUGAAGAAAAUGUGGUGGCGUAUGGCGGGCUUGAAAAUCUAGCUUCACCCCAUUGUUUAGACAAUGGAGAAUAUUUAUUUCAAGCGCCUGUACCAUUAGAGGUUAAGGGUUGUAUAUAUAGUCCUCCCACACAGGGGUUUUCACUGACUAAAGAUUUACGACUACGUACAACUCUACAGUGUGUUAAUGUAAUACAAGAACAGUCUGAUAUAAUACCGUUUCUACAAGAUUGUAUUGAAGGUCCCAAUGAAAAAUGGCAGCAUAAAAAGGGUGGAUUCAUGCGACACAAGAAUACUGGUCUGUGUUUAGACAUGUUAACAGGACCCAAACUAAUCAUGCAGAAAUGUGACCCCAGUAAAGAGACUCAGAAAUGGAAAUUUAGAACUUAUAAAAAAAAAAAUUCAGUGCAUAAACAACCAUAGAAAAAACAUGAAUUGGAAAGAAACGAUAAAUGAACCAUAGACCAACAUGUUCCAGAAGAUCUUCUGACUGUCCUGUUAAAUAUUUAAUUUAUAUAUGAAUAAUAGUUAACUCGAAUUAUGCCAAAGUUGUGGAUUCAUUCCGUUGUUGAAUUCAUGUCCGUCUGUAAAUGUUCAACCCUCUUUGACUUCAGGAAGAGUAUUGAUCUAAUAGUGGUUAAUUUAGAUAUUUUGAACAGUGGUUAUUGUACAUGGAAAAUGAAGCACAUUAAAGGUGCCAUUUUAUUUUUAUUUUUAUCUGUACAUCUACGGUAGUUAAGUUUAUCAUUCGAAUGUUCUAUGUCAAUCUUUGGUUCAUUUCAUUUGAUAAUACUUUUUUAAUCGUUUAUGGUGUAUAUUCAGUCUUUGAGAAAUUCUGAAUCAUCAUGUUUUCCUUUACAUGUUUGUUUCUUUAUUUAUUAGUGGAUGUCAUGAAUUGAUAUUUUCUAUAUAGGAGAUAGUGUUAUUUUGAGCACAAAUUAAAGUGUUCAGCUGAAAGAUUUCAAACAUAAAACCAUUUUGCGACUGCUGCCUAGUGUUCAAUAUAAUGUGUAGUCACUGGGUAGGGUACCUAAUUGAUUGUGAGGCUGGUUUCUUACUCGAAUUAUUUAUUUUUAAUUAAACAUAGCUCAUCCGAGAAAAAAACAGAUCUUUGGCACAUUUGGAUGGGGGGGGGGGGGGUGGAGGGUGCUGUGGGUUAAUGAGUAUGUUAUUUUAUUUUAUCUGAUUAUCUCUUAUACAAACAUUAUCAUCAUUAUUUUUAUACGCACACAUUUUCAUGUGGACGUAUAUUGUCGUCGCCCCUGUCCGUCCGUCCGUCCACAAUUUGUUCCUAAAAGAUCUCGGUUCCUUUAGAUAUUGACAUGUAUCGGACCAUAAUUUCAUGGAUUAUGGCCCCUGAUUGUACGAAAAAUCAAGUUUUUAGCUUGUGGACACUCAGAGGUCACAAUUUUGAUCCGAUUUUCAUGAAACUUGAAAUACAUGUUUAUAACCCAAAGAUCUUGGUUCCAUUCGAUAUUCUUGCAUAUCGGAUCGUAACUUCCUGAAUUAUGGCCCCUGAUUGUACGAAAAAUCACGUUUUAGCUUGUGGUCCCUCUAGAGGUCACAAUUUUUAUCCAAUUUGAAAAAAAAAACGUUUUAGUAUAUCACCGUUGCAUCCUAGUGAUGGUUGAAAUCGAAUUUCGUGAAAAACGGACCAAAACUGCCGGAUAAAAUGACCGCCCCUUGUACGCAAGUAGUGUGAAAAUAUGGUAUAUCAAGGUUGUGAGCCCUCUAGAAGUCACAGUUUUCAUCCGAUUUUGAUGAAACUUGGAAUGCAUGUUUAUAUCCCAAAGAUCUUGGUUUCUGUCGAUGUCGAUGGCCCAUGCUUGUACGAAAAAUCGCGCUUUUAGCGUAUGGUCCCUCUCAAGGUCACAAUUUUUAUCCGAUUAAAAAAAUGUUUUAGUAUAUCACCGUUACACCCUAAUGAUGGUUGAGUUCGAAUUUCGUGAAAAUCGGACCAAAACUGUCGGACAAAAUGACCGCCUCUUGUACGCAAAUAGUGUAAACAUCUGGUAUAUAAAGGUUGUGGACCUUCUAGAGGUCACAAUUUUGAUCCGAUUUUGAUCCGAUUUGUAGAAAAGUCGCAUUUUUAGCUUGUGGUUUUUCUAGAGGUCACAAUUGUUUUUACUGAUAUCACCAUUGUACCAUAAUGAAGGUUGAAUUCGAAUUUCAGAGAAAUCGAAAUGAAACUGCCCGACAAAAUAGCCGCUCUUUGUACGCAAAUUUUGUAUGAGUAUGUAAUACAAAGGUUAUGGACCCUCUAGAGGUCACAAUUUUUAUGCGAUUUUGAUGAAACUUAAAACAUAUCCCAGUCCCUUUUGAUAUUUGUGCAUUUCAGACCAUAACUUUCUGGAUUAUGGCCCCUGAUUGUACAAAAAAUCGUUUUUGUUUAUAGUUUGUUCUCUAUCCAUAUCUUGCAAAAUGUGGGCGUAUCCUGCCUGGCAGACGUUGGUUUAUCAUUUCACUAGAUUCAGUUUCCGUCAUCAGGCUCUGAAGCAUUAAGUUCGGAUCCACUGCAUUACCGGUACCUCUCAUAUUGAACACGGUCUUAAAGCAACGUGUCGACGAGACGUUAAACAUCAGUAUUCCACUGAUUUUAUAAAAUGUUGUUAGAAUAAGCAGAUUGGUAAAGAAUUUAACUUUCUUGCAUUCCCGAAAUAGGCACAUUGCAUAAUAAGAUCUAAAUGAUUUUUGGUAAUUAGAAUAGCGUGUGAAGUAGUAAGCAUACAUCAUAUGAAGGCACUUGGACAACAGUAAUUUUCUGCCAGUUUUGAAAUCACUGUACUCCCAAGAAAUUAGAUAAGUAAAUAGAACAUUCCAUUAUAUUAGUAUAUUUUAGUUAAUAGCAAAAUAUUGUAGAAUAUUUAUUUUAACUUGUUUACACUUUGAAUGCACACAAGCACCUUUGUUAUUCGUUUAAGAACGGCAUUGGGUACAUUAAACUGCGUCUAUAAAGUAAAAAUCAUCGACAGGUCCAUGGAUAUGUUUUAUUGUUUUGAUAUUUUUGAGAUGAAAAAAAAAAAAAAUACUAUCUGGCAUCUUAUUUCGUGAAGAUUGUGAAAUACGUGCAUUGUUCAUAUUAAAUAAGUAUAUAUUUAUCUAUUGUUGUAUGUAUAAUACUAACAGUGAUCCUCGUGUAUUCGGUUAUAUUUUUAUACAAUAUUAUUUUUAAAAUUAUAUAAUGAAGUUUUAUUAAAGUGUAUAUAAAUA